AUGCGUUGUUACACAGACUACGAUACUGGAAUAUCUCUCUCUGUAAUCUUACCGAAAAGUGAAUUUGGAAAGUUGACCAUCCCAUUCCUUUCUCAUGAGGUGAGUGCGGACGGAAUCAGAGCCUUGCCGAAGAUUGUCAAAGGCAUAGAGGACUUACCUUUCCCAUCAACGUACAAGGGUCUGAAUUACUACAAUAAGUUUAUUGAAGACUUACCAGUAGUUGCCGCUGUGCUCUACGAACUAGACGAAAAACGUCUACGUGCUGGAAGGAACCUGAAAGCCGCAGAGGAGUCUUUCGAGAUACUGAAACGUAAGAUCGUGUCGACCCCGCUGCUGCGACAUCCAGACAGUACCAAGCCUUUCGUGAUUAUUCCGCAUGCUAACCCGUGGGCAGCGUGUGCAGGGAGCAUGAAGGACUCAUACACCCAAGUGUUGAAGGAAUCAGAGCUACGUUACCAUAUAGCUGAGAAGGAAGUGCUCGGGAUCUUGCGGACUCUGGAAGGUUUCAGACUUCUGAUCCAUGGAUCAGAAUUCCCAGUUGUGGUGUAUACGCGCUACUCUGUGCUAAAAUGGACGACAUCUGGAGUGGGGGCUGGAACUAUCAAAUGGACACUAGAAAUCCAUCGGACUCAGAAAGAUGAGGACGGCCUUGCGGCCAUCCUUGGGUCCGGUAUCACUCCUAAGGAACAUUUAGAUGAAGUUGCAGAAACCCUGAAUCCUGCCAAGAGGCCGUCUGAAAUGAGUCUGGAAAUGUUGGACGCGAGUUACCAAGGCUACGUUCUGAGUUUUGAUGGCGCUGCGAAGGUUUCUACUCGCCGAGGAAGUUGUGGAUGCAUACUGUGGAGACUGCCAGGAUGGCAGGUUGUGAAAGCUGAGGGACACAUCCUAGAAGGUGUGACGAUCAACGAUGCUGAAUACCAUGGUUUGAUUCUGGGGCUAAAGCUCGCUAUGAGGUAUGACGUCAAGGAACUUGUAGCAGUCGGUGAUUCCCGAAUCGUCGUCCAACACGCUCAGGGUCUGAUCAAUUGCAACCAGCCUAACCUGCAACGACGCUUAGCUGAGUGUGAGGAUCUCAGGAAGAAUUCUGUGUCGGUGAAGUUGAUUCAUGUUAAACGUGAGUUGAACCAAGCGGCCGACUACUUGACCUCUACGACUCUCGUGCUUGGAGAAUCCUGGGAGCUCGAUGACCCCGAUGAAAUUGUGCAUUUACGUCUCGUAUCUAGAAUUCCUGAAAAGAUCAUGAAGCCUUCGGAAAUUCCAGGUACGCUGAUGCGGCUCGCUUGGACCAAGUCGAACUUGGGACGUUCCUUAGCCACCGCGGCUGAGGCACUGAUGGUGAUGACAAGGUCACAUGCGGUAGCUGACACAGGUUCCCGGACUCCUGCAGGCCAGUCUGGAUACCAAGAUGAACGUUGGAGGAGAAUCAAGGUUCACCAAGAUGAAGACCUGUGGAUCCAGCAAACGAAAUAA